CCUCACCUCACCUCCAACCAUCACAUUCAUUCGCAAAAGAAGAAAAAAAGUUCCUUUUUGCUCGAUUACGCUAUAGCUCUCGUCCUCAAACUUUUAGAGUGGGAAUCGUUUGUGAAUGGUGGAAACGAAUCCGAUCGGCGGUGAGUUUACGCUUUCCCUUCCAAUCCAAAGGGCGAGCUUCCUCCUCCCUCUCUCUGCUUCCUCUUUCGGCUCCUGCAAGCAAGCCUGGUACUUCCGCUGCAUCGGCCUCGACCCGUGAAUCCCUCUCAAAUCCUCUACUCUCCCCCAGUGUUUCUCUUUGAUUUGGGAUCUAUCGUUUUUGUUUUAAUCUAUUUCAAGAUGUUGCUCUACAACAAGCAGAAGAAGAACGCUAAAGGAAACCGGAUCCUCAUCAGCGUAACCGUUCUCGGUAGCGCCGGUCCGAUCCGGUUCGUUGCUUACGAAGAUGAUCUCGUCGCUUCGGUUAUCGAUACUGCUCUCAAGUGCUACGCUCGCGAAGGUCGUCUUCCUCUUCUCGGAUCCGACUUCAAUGACUUUCUCCUCUACUGUCCCAUGGUUGGACCUGAAGCUUUGAGCGCGUGGAACGCAAUUGGGUCGCUUGGUGCGAGGAACUUUACUCUGUGUAAGAAACCAGAGGAGAAGAAGGUGGUUAAGGAAGGUAAUGGAGCUAGGAAAGGAGGAAGCUUUAAAGCUUGGAUCAACAAGUCCUUCAGCCUCAAAGUCUCCACCCAUUAAAGCUUUUGUUUUUUUUAAUUUCAGACAAGACAUGAUCAGUUUUUAUGUUCUUUUAUUUUUGCAUUUAUGAUUUGAUUCCAAUUGUCAAAAAGCUUCUAUUAACAUUGAUGAAGCUUUUUUCUUUUAUAUCUCUCAUUCUACGGAAAUAAAAGUUUAAAAUUUCUUCUCCUU